CUGCAAUUUUUCGUAAACACCACCUUCCUGCGCAAUAGACAGCUUGUUCUUUGCUCAUACACUGUACUAGACAUACCUCCUUCCUACCUCAAUACCUCCCUCCAAUACCACAAUCAUGGCCUCCAACGAGACAUUCGAGUUCCAGGCUGAGAUCUCUCAGCUCCUCUCCCUCAUCAUCAACACCGUCUACUCCAACAAAGAGAUCUUCCUGCGAGAACUCAUCUCCAAUGCCUCAGAUGCCCUUGACAAGAUCAGAUAUGAAGCCCUGUCAGAUCCAAGCAAAUUGGACUCUGGCAAGGACCUCAGAAUCGACAUCAUCCCUGACAAGGAGAACAAGACCCUCACCAUCCGAGACACCGGUAUUGGCAUGACCAAGGCCGAUCUCGUCAACAACCUCGGUACCAUCGCACGAUCAGGCACCAAGCAAUUCAUGGAAGCCUUGACUGCUGGUGCUGACAUUUCCAUGAUCGGUCAAUUCGGUGUUGGUUUCUACUCGGCCUACUUGGUCGCUGACAAGGUCACGGUCGUCUCAAAGAAUAAUGACGACGAGCAAUACGUCUGGGAAUCAAGUGCAGGUGGCACCUUCACAAUCCGCCAAGACACUGAGGGCGAAUCCCUAGGUCGUGGUACCAAGUUGAUUCUCCACCUCAAGGACGAACAGACCGACUACUUGAACGAGGCCAAGAUCAAGGAAGUGGUCAAGAAACACUCCGAGUUCAUCUCCUACCCCAUCUACCUCCACGUUCUCAAGGAGACCGAGAAGGAGGUUCCCGAUGAGGAGGGUGAAGAAUCCAAGGAAGAUGACGAGAAGAAGCCGAAGAUUGAGGAGGUCGAUGAAGAUGAAGAGGAGAAGAAACCCAAGACAAAGAAGAUCAAGGAGUCCAAGAUCGAAGAGGAGGAACUGAACAAGACCAAGCCCAUCUGGACUCGCAACCCAUCCGACAUCACACAGGAAGAGUAUGCCUCCUUCUACAAGUCUCUCUCCAAUGACUGGGAGGACCACUUGGCUGUCAAGCACUUCUCUGUUGAAGGUCAGCUUGAGUUCCGUGCCAUUCUCUUCGUCCCCAAGCGUGCUCCUUUCGACCUCUUCGAGACCAAGAAGACCAAGAACAACAUCAAGCUCUACGUCCGACGUGUUUUCAUCACGGACGAUGCUACCGAUUUGAUCCCCGAAUGGCUCAGCUUUGUCAAGGGUGUCGUCGAUUCCGAGGACCUUCCUCUUAACUUGUCUCGUGAGACGCUUCAACAGAACAAGAUCAUGAAGGUCAUCAAGAAGAACAUUGUCAAGAAGUGCCUCGAGCUUUUCAACGAAAUUGCUGAGGAUCGUGAGCAGUUCGACAAGUUCUACUCUGCCUUCAGCAAGAACAUCAAGCUCGGUAUCCACGAGGACUCCCAGAAUCGUCAAUCUCUUGCCAAACUCCUCCGCUUCAACUCGACCAAGUCUGGCGAAGACACCACUUCUCUCACCGACUAUGUCACUCGUAUGCAAGAGCACCAGAAGCAGAUUUACUACAUCACUGGCGAGUCCAUCAAGGCCGUCUCCAAGUCUCCCUUCCUUGACACCCUCAAGGAGAAGAACUUCGAAGUUUUGUUCUUGGUCGACCCCAUUGAUGAGUAUGCCAUGACUCAGCUCAAGGAGUUCGAUGGCAAGAAGCUCGUCGAUAUCACCAAGGAUUUCGAGCUCGAGGAGACUGAUGAGGAGAAGAAGGAACGCGAGAAGGAGGAGAAGGAGUUCGAGGGUCUUGCCAAGAGCCUCAAGAACAUUCUCGGCGACAAGGUUGAGAAGGUCGUUGUCUCUCACAAACUUAUCGGCUCACCUUGUGCCAUCCGCACUGGUCAGUUCGGUUGGUCCGCCAACAUGGAACGUAUCAUGAAGGCUCAGGCUCUGCGUGAUACCUCUAUGUCUUCCUACAUGUCCUCCAAGAAGACCUUCGAGAUCUCUCCCAAGUCGGCCAUCAUCCGUGAACUCAAGAAGAAGGUUGAGACUGAUGGUGAGAAUGACCGCACUGUCAAAUCCAUCACUCAACUUCUCUUCGAGACCUCUCUGCUUGUUUCUGGAUUCACCAUCGAUGAGCCUGCCUCGUUUGCUGAGCGCAUCCACAAGCUUGUCUCCCUCGGAUUGAACGUUGAUGAGGAGGCUGAGACUGCAGAGGAGAAGGCUGCCGAGGAGGCUCCUGCUGGUGAGGCUACUGGCGAGAGCGCCAUGGAGGAAGUCGACUAAAUACUUGAGACAUGGUGUUUCUUUGACAGGGACUUCCGUUGUCACUGUAUCAUCUCAGCCGGCGUUCAGGUGUUAGUCCUCCCAGUGAUAUCCCGGAAAUGGAUGAAUGGUAUGGAAGAAAGACGGACAUGAAAAGUGAACAGAGGAAACCAGUGGAUGCAGAACAGCAUUAGUAGUCAUGGUAGCUACACUUUCCAUAAUCCUCAAAUAAUUGCAUGCAUCAACAAUUCUCUCCAA